AUGGCAGGCAAAAGGAAGCGCGGAGCCAAGGACACUGGUGUUGCUACGACUAAUGGUCACAAAAAAGCCAAGAAUGAUGUCAAUGCAACGGUCAAGCCGACGGCGGCCAUCUUGGUAAAGCGACCGUUUGUCGAGACCCCGACUGGCGAAGAACGACGACGACAGGCUACACUAUACGAUCUUUUGGCCAGCGAGGAUGAAGACGAGAGGAUAUUGGCGGCCGAUUGCAUCAUAUCCAGCCUAGUAGGCGAGGAAAAGGUUUCCGAGGCCGUACUCGAGCACCAUCUCGGUCGUCGCCUAUUUCGCGGACUUGCCAGUGGUCGCAAUGCUGCCCGCCUUGGCUUCAGCCUCGUCAUCACUGAGCUCAUCACCCAGCUCUUUGGCGAGAAAGCCUUGGCCACCGCGCACUACCCCGGCUUCACCUUCCAAAAGGCCGUCCGCAUCCUGAUGGACAAGACGCAGCCCGUCGGCAACAUUCCCGGCCAGGAGGAGCGCGAUCACUACCUGGGCCAGCUCUUCGGCAUCGAGUGCUUGGUGAGCUCGGGCGUCAUCUUUGGCGAGCCCACGCGGUGGAACAUGGUGCUGGACCUGCUGCUCAAGAUUGCGCAGAAAAAGGUCUGGCUCCGGUCGCAGUGCGCCUGGGUUCUUGUUCAGGCUCUGCAGCAGAUGGAUCAAAAGUCGGCCGAGGCGACACUGCGGAAGAUUGACGAAGUCGGCAUGGCUAAGACGGCCGACGGCGUCGCGAUUUGGAUCACCGCCAUGAAUCGGUACCCAGAUAUCAAGGUCAAGCCGUGGCGGCACCCACUCGCGGCCAAGACCUUCGGCGAUCUUGCCGCCGUGCUUAAGGAGAGUUUCAACGAAUCGAGCAAGGAUCAGAAUGAGAAAAAAAAUAGUGCCCCAAAGCACGCCAAUUGGACUGCCCAGCUGCACUUUGUCUGGGACAUACUCCUGGCACACUACGCUGGGGAGGGCGUCAAAGCAGAUGAGCUCGACCAGUUCUGGCAGCGAGUUGUAGAUGACGGCUUCUUUUCCAAAAGUGCCACCGAUGGCCAAAAAUUUAAAGGCUUCAUGGUCUUUCAAAAAAUGCUUGAAGGACUGGCGGAUCAAAAGUCCAAGGUCAACAAGCUUUUUUCCAAGAACUUACUAAACUGCCUGAUGAAUCAAGCCGCUAAGGAGGACCGCUAUCUGCAUAGAGCCGCCGUCAAGGCACUCAAAGCCAUCGAGAACACCGUCGCAGCACACCCCAAGAGCCUUACCACAGUCCUCCGCAACUUGCUCACCGGCAAUGGCGUCUACACCUUUGACCAGCGUACAUCCUCCAAAACUAUCGAUCGCCUGCUGCAAAAUUCCGGCACCAUCAGCGAAAAGAAGAUCCUCGAGGUUCUGCAACUACCGAUUUCAUCUCUGGCAAGUCAAGAAGAGACUGAAGCCAAGUCGACCUUGAGAUCGUACGUUGAGUACUUGUCCAAAGCCUUGAAUGCAUCUGCGUCGACUGGGUCAGAGAAGAGCAAUGGCAAAGACUCGUUUGGCAUUUACCUGCAAGAACUGUCGCGACUGGCCUACUCACAGCCCGAGAAUAUACCCUCUGAACUACUCACCGAGCAGAUUCGCGAGCUCUGCCAAUCAAGACUAGAGUCGUCCCUCUCCAAACUCACACGCCGUGCUGACGAUUUUUCUGGACUGUGCAAUGCCGUUGGAGCCAUUGACCCUAGUUCGGUUGAUAUGGACGAUGACAUCAAGGCGGCAGUUGACGAUGCUCUCAAACGCAUGCGCAGUCUGCUGAAGCGCAAGUCCAAAACAGAGGCGGCCAAAAGUGUCAACGAAGCGCUGGCAACUCUACAUGCCAUCUCUGUAUUCCAAUUAUACAACGGGGACCCUGAUGCCAUGGAGUCUCUUAAAGAUCUUGCGCAAUACGACGACAAGCUGAAAAAGGGCGACAAGACGGAAGGGGACUCGGAGCUCCUAGUGGAGAUUCUGCUCUCCAUGGUUGCGCGACCCUCAUCUCUGAUGCGCCAGGUCUCGCAGCAAGUGUUUGAAGCCUUUAGCAGCCACAUUACUGCCGGCGGCUUGCAGCUACUCACGGACCCUCUGGCGUCGAAUGAGAGCGCACAGGGUCAAAAGGAGCUGUUCAAUACUGAAGAUGACGCUAUGCUCAUCGACGGAGAUGGUUCAGAGGUGGAGAACGACGACAAUGUUGUCGAUUUAGAUGAUGUCUCUGAUGUCGAGAUCGGCUCCGACGUUGAAUUUGUCAACCUGGACGACAAAGAAGACGCCAGCGACGACGAUAGUGACGACAGCGAUGAUGAUGAUGAUGAUGACGAUGAAGACCAAGACGACGAGCAAGAAGGCCCCGUCGACCUCGACGAGCUCUGCGCCAGCAUCCUCAAGAGCCACCGCCUCGACAAGGACGCCGACGCCGCCUCAUCUGACUCUGACGGCGACAUGUCCGACUCGGAGAUGAUGCAGCUCGACGACAAGCUCGCCGAAGUCUUCAAGCACCGCGUCAAGGCCAAGCCCGACUCGAAAAAGGACAAAAAGGAUGCCAAGCAGUCCGUCGUGCAGUUCAAGCACCGCAUCCUCGACCUCGUCGACAUGUACGUCCGCGCCGAGGGCCCGCGCGCCAACCCGCUCGCCUACGCGCUGCUCACGCCGCUGCUGCGCCUCGUCCGCACCACCACCACGAAGCCGCUGGCGAGUCGCGCCUGCGAAAUCAUUCUCAACUACCAAAAAGCUUUGAAAAAGGCCCGCAGCAACGUCAAGACGACGGCGGCAGCGGCGGAGGAGAAGAAGAAGACGAAGAAGAAGCAGAAUGGCAACAACGGCGGUGGUGGCGAUGUCGACGAGGAGAACGAGCUUCUGCUCCCGCUGCUGACCGAGAUUCACGAGGCGGCCGGCCAGGACAAUGCGCACGCGUACAGCAAGGCGGCGAGCGCGGCGAGCCUCAUCGUCGCGGGGUCCAUGCUGGCCGCGAACCGCGAAAACAUCAGGCACAUUGCGGCCGUCUACGCCCAGACGCAGAGCCGCUGGGUGCUGGGCGAGGCGCGCCUGCAAACGUCCUUUUUCGCCGACUGGAACAACUGGUGCCAGAACCACGCCGCGCACGCCCGAGACAACAGAGAUGAGGAAAAGUAA